AUAUACUUAGCACGCCCCUUACUUCACUCCAACAACUCAUAUCAAGUGUUCACACGCCUCUUUUCUUUCCACUCAUCAAGCACCUUCCUCCUCAAUUUUCCCAGAAUUGCAAACCCAGCACACUUCGUCGUCGUCUGUCACCUUCUUAUUUAAUAACACCAUCCCUCUUUGUUUCUUCACUCACUUCAAUUUCUCUUGCUUUUUCUCCGUCAUCACUCUCGCUGAUAUGGCUCUUGAAGCUCUGAAUUCCCCAUCUUCUCUGUUGCAUAAUGAUAUAGAACUUCAUUCCCAUGAACCUUGGGUUAAGAGAAAACGAACUAAGCGUUCACGCUUGGAAUUGGAAGAUUCCCCUACUGAAGAGGAAUACUUAGCUCUCUGCCUUCUCAUGCUUGCCAAUGGCACCCACGACCACCAAGACACACCACCUCCCCCGCCAUCGUUAAAACUCAGCUAUAAGUGCAAAGUUUGCAACAAAGCCUUCCCAACUUAUCAGGCUCUAGGUGGACACAAGGCUAGCCAUCGGAAACUUAUGGGAGUAGUUGACGACCAAUCUAACCUUCCUAUGGUAACUACUACUUCCAAAACACCCUCUUCGGUUAGUUUAAGUGGCAGGACUCACGAAUGUUCCAUCUGCCAUAGAACUUUUCCCUCCGGACAGGCUCUGGGAGGACACAAACGGCGCCACUAUGAUGGUGGAAGUAACAGUGGCGGCGGCAAUAGCGGUGACAAUGAAAAUAAAGGAUUGGAAGUUCUGAAUUCGAGCCUGAUUAGUCAACUUGACUUUGACUUGAACGUUCCUGUCUUGCCGGAGUUUCCAUUGGUUUAUGUUGACCGCAAGCUAAAAAGUAAACUUCCCGGCGAGGAAGAGGUGGAGAGUCCUCUUCCCGAGAUCCGGCACCGACCACUUACAGUGAUUGAGACGGCGAAGAUGCAUGGAAUUCACCUAUAAUCAGAGCCUGAUUAGUCAACUAGACUUUGACUUGAACGUUCCUGUCUUGUCGGAGUUUCCAUUGGUUGAUGUUCACCGCAAGCCAAAAAGUAAACUUCCCGGCGAGGAAGAGGUGGAGAGUCCUCUUCCCGAGAUCCGGCAGUGGCCACUUACAGUGAUUGAGACGGCGAAGAUGCAUGGAAUUCACCUAUGAUCAAAGCUUGAUCAUGAAGAUAAUUAUUAGAGUGGACUUUUUUUUUAUUUUUAAUGUAAUUUUUUUAAUAUAUAUUUUUUAAAAAUUAAAUUUGUGUGGAUAUAAUUAUUCAAUAAUUAAUAGUUUUUGCUUGCCUAUAUGGCUGAAUAAAUUGCGAAGUCAAAUUCAAUCA